CGGCUUCAAACGGAAAUGACAAGUGACGUUUCCUGUAAUAUCAAGAUGGCCGACUUUGAUCAAUUUGAGAAUCCUGCUCCCCAACAAACCGAGGAAGAUCCUGCUGCAGACUUCCUAGCCCGUGAACAGGAUGAGCUAAAGGGUUUAGAAGAUGAUAACUUCGGUACAGAAAAUGCUGGUGGUGCAGAUGACUUUGAUCCAUUUGGGGGUGCAGGACAACAGACCGGUGACUCUCCACAGCCAACUGAUGACUUUACAGGUGGCGACUUUACAGGAGGUGAAACCACACAGUUUGACACAAAUGCUGGUAUGGGCGAGUCCAAUGAUCAAGAAUCAGGGGCUAAUGAUGCUUACUCAGCAAUAACCCAGGUAGACAAACAGAGGGCAGAACCAGAGAAGAUACGUAUAUGGCGAGAAGAAAAUGCUCGUAGAAUUGCAAAGAAAGAUGAGGAAGAGGAAAAACGUGUUACAGAAUGGCGUGAGAUUGCUAAGAAGGAAUUAGAUGACUGGUACAAGCAUCAUGAGGAACAGUUAACCAAAACCAAAGAAAACAACCGGGAAUCUGAGGCAGCAUUUGUUGCCGAGAGGGACCAGACUCAGCCGGGAGAAGAAUGGGAGAAAAUUUGCCGACUCUGCGAGUUCAACCCUAAAAAUUCAAAGAAUACAAAAGAUAUUUCAAGAAUGCGUUCCAUCCUAUUGCAGUUGAAGCAGACACCUUUAGUCAGAUAAACAAAAAACAUUAGAUAUGUAGUAAAUGUAUGAAAAUAUGUUGUGAAGUUAUUUAUGAUAAGUGUACACGCUUUUGUUCAGUAUUGGAGUAAUCAUAUUGAAAAAUUUAGAACCAGAAAUACAUCUUGUUAAAUGACUGGAGUUGAGUAAUGGCUCAAAUUCCAACACUUCGCAUGCAUGAUUAUGAUCUAGAUAAUUGAUUUGCUAGAUAGUAUAGCGCCAAUUAAGAAGCAAUUAACAAAUUGGAAAAUAUUCUUGGAAUAUGAUUUAGGACCUUAUGACAGAUAUUUAUUUUCAAUACUUCUCCAAUAAAAAAAGUUUGUUUUAUCUUCAAGAUGAAGCAGAAGUCUGUUAUAAUCUGAGAGUUUUUUGAUUACAUUUGCACAGCUACUAUAAUUUGAAUAUCAAAUGGAUUUAUUUGCAUUUAAAAUCAUUUAAAUUUCUCUAAUGGAUGGAAAUUCGAUAUUCCUUUUAGCAGGAAGAAAGAUUUCAAAAUUUGGUUUAUUUAAACUUCAUGCAGUAUUAGAUUUUGGACAUGGAGUUGUUUUUAUCACGAUUGUGUGGUCAUGUGCAAUAUACCUUGAUGUGUACAUAGUCACUGGCUUGAAAGAUGUACAUAGUCACUGGCUUGAAAGAAACCUUUUUAUCCAGUACAUUAGAUUUAAAAAAAAAAAAGAAUCACUGGUUCCUGUAACAUAUACAUUCCAUCAUUUAUGUUUUGAUAGCUUUAUAGAAAUAGUGACAUUAAAAUUGAUGGCCCAGUUAUUUGAAUUAAUAUGUUGUUUAAUCACAGGUUUUAGAUUUAUUUGCAAGUUACACACGUUUAAAAUGAGAUUCUUCACUAAAAGAUAGUGUGUACGGUUUUUUUUUAAUGUUUAUUAGACAAAUAUGCAAUAAAUCUUAAUGUCAAAUUUA